AUGGAGUGCUUCAUCAGACUUCGAAGCUCCAACUCAACCAAUGAAGUUGGGCUGAAUGAAUCUGGAGCAAUCGACAAACAAUCCCAAACUCCUCAACAAGCAAACCCAGAUGAAGCCUUGCAUCAAAGGUUCUAUAGCCUUUGGGUGGCGUUGCUAAUUAUCAACACAUUUAUCUUCCUGGCGGGCAUAACAUUGAACAGUUUGGCCAUCUAUGUAUUCUGUUUUCGAACCAAAGCGAAGACCACCUCUGUUAUUUACACCAUCAACCUGGUGGUGACAGACCUCUUGGUGGGCCUCUCUCUACCAACACGAAUCGUCAUGUACUACAGUAAUGUAGAGGCCUGUGAAACCUGCUACUUUGUUCACAGCUUCACGUACUUUGUAAACAUGUACUGUAGUAUUCUUUUCCUGACUUGCAUCUGCGUUGAUCGCUACAUGGCCAUUGUGCAAGUCGAAGCCUCACGCAGGUGGAGAAACCCCAACUAUGCCAAAUGCAUCUGCAUUAUUAUUUGGAUAUUUGCUGUGGUUGUUACUUUCACCAUACUGACCACAACGAUAAAACACAAACACUGUUGUCUUUUUCAGCUUUUCACGCUGACCGCCUUUGAGUACUUUGUUCCUCUGAUAAUUAUCACUUUCUACACCCUGCGGAUCAUGUGGGCUUUGUCCAGGUCAACGCUAAUGAACCAAAGCCGAGAGAGACGGAUGAAGGCGGUACAGCUCCUCAUAACGGUGCUGAUCAUCUUCACAGUUUGUUUCACCCCCAUCCAUGUUAGUCAAGUGGCCUUCUGUGCCGGCGGUGAGGUGUCUCAGGAUGUCAUCCUCAUUGUGUACCACAUCACAGUAACCUUGAGUAGCCUUAAUAGUUGUAUGGACCCCAUCGUCUAUUGUUUUGUCACCAACAACUUCCAAUCCACCAUGAGAAGUAUCUUCAGGAAACAACGGCCAGAGCCAAUCAGUACAGAUAUCUUCAGUCUACACAAGAACUCCAAAAGUUCGGGAACAGCUUUCUCGGCUAUUUCAAAUGCCAUAGUGACCUUACCUUUACAAAACAGUAAUAUUAUCUAG